GCGAAAAACGCAAUGUUACAGUGGUUACACAUGUAAUCGUUUAAGUUGAAGUGAUAAGAUCUGGAUCUAGAUCUAGAUAAUAGACUCUAGAAUAGAUAGACCUAGUCUAGCUAAUAGAUCUAUAUGACAUAGAUUAUAGACUCUAUAGUAAUAAAGUAUACUUACAUCUAGAUCUAGUUGAGCAACAAUACUACAUUUGACAGUCAACUCACACAGUCAGUGUCACACUCACAGUGACACACCACACACAGUUCACACACUGACAACUGAGUGGCACAGCCUCAGACGACUCAGUGCCUUGCUAAGUUGCUUAAAACUUUCAAGCCACACAAAAAUGGAUCUAGAUGAAUGGCAGCCUCCUACAGAAGCUGAAAUGAAGAUCAUUAAAGCCCGUCAAGAAAGAUCCAACAAAAUAUCUCAGAUAAUGUCGACGUACCUCCUCAAGGGAUAUAAAAUGUUAGGAUCUGUUUGCUCUGAGUGUGAUACUAUUAUUCUUCAAGACAGACAAGGUCAGAAUUAUUGUGUUGCUUGCUCUGAGUUGGACUCUGAAGAGGAUAAAGAUAAUCCAGUUUUAAACCCAGCUGCUGCUUCUUCUCUGGCUAAAGAAUUAUCUUCCUGCGGAGCCAAGAGCAAGGAGUCAGCACCAGUGACUACACCUCUCUCUUCUGUAAUACCUAGUUUAAGUGGAGGUGAUACUACAGGUCUAAGACUAACAGAUUCGUUAUCUGAUUCCUGUCUGACUCCUAUGGCUGCCCCUCAACCUUCUGCCAUGCGGGAAAUCAAAAUAGAGAACUUAGAGUUUGAACAUCCAUCAGGAGGGGUGAGCUCUUUAUGUGCAUCAGACUGGCCCCAUGCCAACAUCGCUCACAGUGGACACUACUCUCAUCCAUCGGGCACUUUGACACGCAACAUGGACAUUCUUGUUGAGAAAGUGGAAUGGGCUUGUCAGGCUCUGCGGGACACCAGAGAUCUUGACUAUUCAAUUCGGUUGUGUCAAAUGAUUAAAGCAGCGGGGGAAGCAAUAAAUGCUCUGAGAAAGGUAGACAUGUAGGCAUUAGGACUUGUGGGUUUUCUAAAGGAUUUUGUGUUAGCGUGAUGUGUUCAUUAUAUUCAUAGCUCUGUACUGGACUGAUGACUUUUUUUUUUCUUUAUUUGAUUUUUGAAAAUUAAAGAUAUUGAUUCUUUUGUAGAAAAAAUGUGUUUUUA